AUGGAGAAGAUGUGCGAAAUGUGUCUCAGCAUAUUAGGAAAGGUCGUUCCAGAUGCUCUUCAGGACAGUGUUGAUAUUGCUCACCGUGUGGGUCCCAAACGCGCUGAUCGCAAAGCCAGAUCGGUCAUAAUCCUCCUCAUACUGUGCCGAGGUCGUGACAUGACUUGCGUCUAUGGGAGCCUGUCACCAAACGACGAUGACAGGGCAGCACGAUACAAGCUGUGUCCUCUCGUGAGGAAAGCACGGGAGGAGGGCAAGAGGGAAUCCUUCCGCAACGCUUUGGUCCUGAUUAAUGGGAAACGAUUCUCCUGUACUCCGAUUUCCUGUCGCCAGCAGGUGAACGUUUCUGCGACGGCAAGGAUGGACGAAUUAAUAAUUUUACUGAGGGAGAGAAACAUUCCCGAAACAACUAUCAAAAGACUGGAGGAAGACAAGAUUGAUGUCAGUGUCCUACUGUUAAUGACUGAUGAUCAAAUGAAAAGCUAUUUUCCUUCAUAUGGAGACAGACUGGCUGUGAUGGGAUUUUGUAGGAGGCAAGAAAGAGAACCAGGAAAGAGAACUUGCAGUAAGUCAAAGCUGUUUGAGCGCCUUAAAUCAAAACUGACCAAAAGACAAAAACCUGACAAUUCACAAACUGAAACCAAAAAUACUACAAAAAAACAUUCUCAGCGUAUUGUAAGAAAAAUUGAGAUGGGGUGGAUGCACCAUGAUGGGCAGGGCUUUGUUCAAAUGAGAGCAAAAAAAGGAGGGGGAACAAGGAAGUUGAGUGUUCCAAAAGAAUGGAAAAGGAAAGAGCUGAUUGAGGAGGCAAUUUGUCUGUUUUUUCCAAAUGGAAAAAAUUCUCAUGGGAGUAUUUCUGAGUUUGAAUUGGAUCUAACAAAUUAUCAGGAAGUGUCACUAGAUGCAGAAUCUACAGUGGGGGAAAUGUAUAAUGCAUCCAAACUCACAAUGAUGAGGUUCUACUUGACAACAAAAAAGGUGGAGAAAGAAGUGGAAACAGAAAGUGAAGAGGAAAUGUCAGAUCAAAUGGAGGACUUUCAUAGUAAUAACCAGGAUCAAAGCCUUCCCUCUACUUCCAGUGGGAUGAAUGACUUCUUUCCUUCAGAAAUGGAUGUUAUUUAUGUAGAUAGUCCGGUUAAUGACACUGCAUCUCCCUUUCAUUCCACAGAGGAUCAUGUUGCAGAAGAUGACCUGAAUGUAUCUUUUCAAAGUUCUUUAGUGACCUUGCCUGAUUACUUGGAUUCAAGCAAUGUAGUGACAGUACUCACUGGUGACAUCAUUGGAAUAGAUGAACAAAACUUAGAUGACACUUUGCCGCUGAGCCCAGAACCCAUUGCUCCACAGACAAAAAUCCUUGUUGUUCAUCGUGGACAAAUAUUUUCUGAGCUCAUUGCCCAUUUCUGUGAUGAAACCCUUACUCAUACACAGAGUGAAGUAGAAGUGAAGCUGCUCCUCCCAAAUGGACAGUUUGAGAUGGGCCAUGAUGUUGGUGGAGUGUUUCGGGAUUGCUUAUCAGAGUUUUGGCAGGAAUUUUAUGAUCAGUGCACAUUGGGGAACAGUUUUAAAGUUCCCUUUCUUAGACAUGACUUUGGCAAAGAAAAGUGGGAAAGUGUGGCCCGAAUAAUUUUGUUCGGCUGGAAGAAAGAGAAAUAUCUCCCAAUAAAACUUGCACCUGUCAUCCUCCAGCAAGCAAUACAGGGAUCUGUGAAAAGUGAUCUGAUUGAGAACUUUUUGAAGUAUGUCUCAGAAAACGAGUGUGCUGUGUUAGAAAGCUGCAGAACAGACUUCUGUAGUGCAGACCAGGAGGAAUUGCUUGAGACCUUAGACAACUACAGUUGUCGAAAAAUUCCAACAGAUGAAAACUUCAAGCAAAUUUUGGAAGAACUGGCUCACAAAACUCUCAUUCAAGAGCCAGCUUAUGUUCUUGAACAGUGGGCAGGCAUACUUGGACCUCUGAGGAAGGACCUUGAGGAAAUUGAAGAUGUGUACUGUGCAUUACAACCAACAGUGAGGAAAAUUGUGCAAUCUCUCAAAUUUCCUGAAACAAUGAAUGUACAGCAAAAGGACAUUUCAAAGCACUUGACAACUUACUUGAGGGAGUGUGAUGCAAAACGGCAGUCUCUGUUUCUUCGAUUCUGUACUGGAUCAGAUUUGUUUAUAGGCAAAGCUAUAACAGUUGAUUUCACAGACCUUAAAGGGUUUGAGAGAAGACCAGUGGCGCACACAUGUGGCUGUUUUCUGAGACUUUCAGUGCACUAUGACAACUACCCUGAUUUCAGAUCUGAAAUGAACAAAGUCCUUGAAAGCAACAUCUGGGUCAUGGACAUAGUUUAGUGGAUUUAGUCUGAGUUGUGGCCAGCUCCUAUGCAAGCUAUUGUUUUCAGUCAUUCUUAUUACACUUCAUACAGUUAAUUCACACUGUAUACAGUUUUGCACUUAAAUAUUGCUGGCUACAUUAAAUGCAGACCAACCUUUAUUAUUUUGGAUGAUUGAGUUUUUUUGUAUGAUUGAGAUUUGAUACAUUUUUUGGUGCAACCAAAUGUUUGCAUUAAAUCAUCAAAUUGUUCAUUUCAACUGUUCAGUCAAAUAGGUUUGGAACCGUUCAAAUGGUUUAUUUUUCAUACGUGUACACACUGUACAAUUAUUUGACAAGUACAUAAAGUAAAACGAUCGCUUUAAUUGUUCACUGAA